AUGGAUCCAGACGACUCGAUUGCGGCUUCGACAUUCUGGUCGGCCUUACAGGUCGUCCUCGCGUUGCUCAUUGGAUACACUGUGGCCUGGUGUGCUUACUCUUUGUGGCUGCAUCCACUCAGCCGAUACCCCGGACCAAAGCUGGCGGCUUGCUUCCCUAUCCCUCAUCUCUUGUGGGAUAUCCGCGGUAAGCAGCACUCGACCAUCAAGGAACUACACGACAAAUAUGGAGAUGUUGUUCGAAUUUCUCCAAACGCCCUGGCUUACCGCGCAGCUGCCGCCUGGCGCGAUAUCUACGGCCAUCGAAAGAAGGGACAGAAGGUUUUCAUCAAGGAUCCUUCCUUGUACACGACUCUGCCCAAUGGUGUCAACGCAAUUAUCACGGCCAACGAAAAGGAACACCAGCGCAUGCGCCGCCUGUUGACUCAUGCUUUCUCGAAUAAGGCGCUUGGUGAGCAAGAGGGUAUCCUUCACACCUAUGCUGAUAUGCUGAUCGACAAACUCGGCGAGGUCUUGUGUGAAUCUUGCUCUCCUGUGGUUGACUUGACCCGCUGGUUCAACUUUACCACCUUCGAUUUAAUCGGUGAUCUUGCCUUUGGUGAGCCUUUCGACUGUCUGGCAAACACAACAUACCACUGGUGGGUGUUGAUUAUUCUGGACGCCGUGAAGGCAAGUACAUAUCUGAAGAUCUUCUGGUUCUUUCCCUUCCUACUCCCUUUGCUUGCAAUCCUGGUUCCCAAUCAUUUGCUGGAGAAACGAACCGCAAGUUUCAAUCUCAGUGUUGAAAAAAUGCGCCGUCGUAUCAACAGUAAGACCACCAGACCGGAUUUCACAUCUUACAUCCUUAAGCACAGCAAUGAUGGACGGGGUCUUUCUCAGCCCGAGCUCGAUGCCAAUGCUGCUGUCUUCGUGCUCGCUGGAAGCGAGACAACCGCCGCUCUUCUAUCCGGAUGCAUCUAUUAUCUUCUCCGUCACGAGGACAAAUACAACCGACUUAUUGAGGAAAUCCGCUCGGCAUUCAACAACCCCUCCGAGAUCAACUUGACCGCCAUUGCAGAGCUUUCUUACCUGAUCGCCGUUCUGACAGAGACGCUUCGUAUCUAUCCUCCUAUCCCAGCUAUGCUUCCCCGUAUUGUACCCGAGGGUGGAGCAAUGAUUGACGAUAAAUAUGUUCCUGGGGGUGUAUCCGUCUCUGUUUCCCUAUUCUCUGCUUUCCGCGCUGCAACUCAUUUCAAGGAUCCCGACUCCUUCAUCCCAGAGCGCUGGUUAGAGGGACCCGAGUCAGCCGACUACGUUUUGGAUAAUCGAGAUGCUUUCCACCCGUUUUCAUAUGGACCUCGCAACUGUCUCGGACAACACCUCGCAAAUGCCGAAAUGCGCCUCAUUCUUACGAAGCUCCUGUAUCACUACGAUUUCAGUCUCGAGGCCGAGUCCGAGGACUGGGUCAAACAGUAUUCCUUCUCGCUUUGGUCUCGCCCCGAGUUGAUGGUCAAGCUUACUCGUGCUGGUGACUCGGACAUGGAUGGUGACUCUCGUGGUUAA